ACCGAUGAAACUCGAAUCUCGAUCCUAAAUCGCUUUUUGUAAACAAAACAUGCCCUUUUUUCCCUGUUAGAUUUUUCGUCAGCUUGACUAUGUGAAAUAUAUUAUCUGGUGUUUGGUGUCGAAUGUAAAAUAAACUUUUCCAAGAAAUUGAAAGUCUCUCUUUCUAAAGAUAAAACAAAACAGAAUUACGUGAAAUCAUGGGUUGUAAAGGAAAUUGCUGUCAAGCAAUCUAUUAAAUAAAACUAUUUCUCUGGUUAUAGGAACUCUGAAAUAACUUCAAUUCUCUAUGUACUGAAGUAUAUGGUGGCAUCUAUUUAGAAAUUUUUUAAUGGCUUUUCGUGAUUUUCCAACUGUUUGGGUUCCUAAUAGUCCAGAUACAUUGCUUGAUAUUUCUUUGUUUAAUUGUUGUAAAAAUCCUCUCACAUUUUGCACUUUUCAUCCAAGCUUAGGCUAUAGACUGCGUGAGGGAUUAGCAUUACCUCAAGAAAUAUGUGAACGCAUGCUAGAAGUAUGCAGGACACAGAUGUGUGAUGAUGACUUUUAUAAAUUUAUCAGAAUAUUUGCUGACAGUCCAACUCGCCUUCGUCAUGUCGACCUGCGAGACACACCUGUGAGAGACAGUGACCUUGUGGUUUUUCUAUACCACCCUAUUACUGAGCUCAACCUAAAAGGUUGUACGAAAUUAAAUCGUGGUGCCUUGAAAUGCUUGUCUAAAUUUAGUGGGAGUUUGCAAACUUUGAUUUUAGGAUCAAAUCCUGAUCUAUUUAAUGAUGAUGAUAUUCCUGCUGGAAGUUUUGAAGGUACUGCUAAAGAAGACACCUCAUCAAAAACUAGAAGAGAGGAUGUUCCUUCUGGCAGUUUAGAUGGUUCAUUUAGAUCAUCUCAGCUAGCUCAAAAAUUAGCCCAUCAUCCCCAAAUAGCUCUGCACCCUCAGUUAGGGUCUUUUUUCAAUGUGAGGAAUCCAAAGUUAACUGAAGAAGACUUUUUUAGAGACUGCAUGAGGAUUUGGCUGACAAAAGAUGAACCGAAAAAAGAUGAAACUUUAAAACUUCUGGAUAGUCUUCCAAAGUUGACUUCUUUGCCAAUGCUGCGUAAACUAGUGAUACAUGAACUGACCAAAACUGGGAAAAGUGUAGAAUUUUUGCAAGUUAUUAAGACAACUAGUCGGUUAACUCAUCUUGAUUUGUCUCAUAGCAAAGUGUGGGGUUUUGAGUCUUUCGUUAAUCAUCCUUUGCUGUCUUUGGUUUUGUAUAAUGUUAAAGAUUGUAUUAAAGAUUGCUUGCCAUCAAUUUAUCUUAUAAAAACUAUUAGGCAUUUGGAUAUCUCCAGUACAGAAGCUCACACAGUGAAAUAUGAAAAUCCCAAUCAGGUUUUAAAAACAAUUGUUGACAAUUUAGUGAAUUUAACAUCACUUGAUAUAUCUGGCACAAAUUUGGCUGGGAAGGGAACUAUUGAACGAUUUCUAGAUUCUAAAAGCAAAGUCAACGAAGACGAUGAAGAGGAAACAUCCUUAACUGAUAUCCCUGGUCUUGCAAGUAGAGUACAUAGACCCCUUGAAUUUUUAGGACUAUUAAAUUGCUCUCAUCAAGCAUGCUAUCGACAUCAUAUACCAGCUAUCAGGAUUGCUGGAGAUAAUGGCGAGGAACAGAUUCUAACGGCUGGUCAAGCAUAUUGCACAAGAGAAUCAGCAAUUCAAAAAGUACUAAAUGAUCUCUUCUCACUAUUUCGUUUUUCUGAAUGUAAAAACAUCCCAUUGGCACUUGACAUCAUCAUGGAAGCUAUGCGUAUACACUUAAGAAAAAAGAGCAUUCAAGUAGCUGGCAGUGCUUCUCUUUUCUAUAUUGUGAAAUCUGAACAUAAAGAAACAUUUAAUGUAAAGAUAAGAAGGUGGUUUUUUGAUUAUGAACGUUUUGCAAGGUUGCUUCUAUUGAUUGUCUCUCAAGUUGAUCAGGAUGAUUUUGUUCAGCGCAUUGGCGUCUAUUUAUUAAACAGCUUGGCUUGUCAAGUUGACGGAAUCGAAAAGAAGCUUGUUGGUGAUCAAGGCGCUAUAACAAUGCUUAGAAAUGGUUGCCUGGCUCUUAUUCAUUUCAAAAUACCUGAAGAUAUGUUUUUUGACUAUGAACGUUUUGCAAGGUUGCUUCUGUUGAUUGUCUCUCAAGUUGAUCAGGAUGAUUUUGUUCAGCGCAUUGGCGUCUAUUUAUUAAACAGCUUGGCUUGUCAAGUUGACGGAAUCGAAAAGAAGCUUGUUGGUGAUCAAGGCGCUAUAACAAUAAUGCUGCAGUUAAUUGAGAAGCGUUUGGAGAGGCGUAUAUGUGAUGAAGUUAUGGAAACAGCUUGGAGUACUAUGUGGAAUGUAACAGAUGAAACUCCUAUUAAUUGUGAAAGGUUUCUGGAAGGAAAUGGAAUGGAUUUAUUCUUACGAUGCUUAGAAGCUUUUCCAUCAAAAGCAGAGCUAUUGAGGAAUAUGAUAGGAUUGUUGGGCAAUGUAGCUGAAGUAAAAGAACUAAGAAAAUUUUUGAUGAAAGAAGAUUACUUAAGUGUUUUCAGCGAAGUUCUAAAAAUGCUUGUACUUGACCAAUUAGCUUUUUGUCAAAUUUCUUCAAAGGCAUUUUUUUAUUAUAGGUCAUUCAAACCCAUAUUACGACUACUGUCAGUCUAUCAUACACCCGAGGCACAAAUAUGGGCAGUAUGGGCUUUGGCAAAUUUAACUAAAGUCUAUCCAGAGAAAUACUGUAUGCUCCUGAAGAAAGAAGGUGGGAUAACUUUGCUUGAAUCGUUGUUACAACAAGGCAACCCACAAAUCACUCGAUUGGCUCAAAUGACUAUUGAUCACUGCAUGAGGUAUGAAAAUUGUGAAGACAGUGAUAUGUCUGAUAAUGAUGAUGUAGAAAUUAUAUAAACUAUGUUUUUCACAUAUGUUAUAUUGUAAAUAGAAGUAACUCUAAAAAAAUUAUUUAGUUUGCAAAUACCAUGGCUUCUAAAAUGGUAUGUUUUUGUUUGUUUUGUUUUUUUUUAAAAGAAAAAACAACAACAUUUAAAUGUUUGUUGCUUGUAGCUUUUCCCUUUUACUAUAUUGGCUACAUGUAACCUGGAGGAAGCUAUAGUAUUUUUUGUUGAAUUGUUUUAUUUUGCAAAGUCAUAUAAUAUUUGUAUAAUAAAUUUAUUUUUGUUUAGAAAAAACUUAUUACAGAACUUGUUUUAUUUUCCAAAAUUCUUGAAAAUUUAAGUUUGUAAAACUUCAUUAAAAAAGCAUAUUUUAGAUAUUAUUUGUUUUGUAAACAUUGUAGAGCUUUUUUGCAAUUCUUUGAAAUUUGAUUAAUUAUUUCAUUUAAAAUAUCAUUGUCAGCUUUUUCAAAAGACCACGAAUUAAACAUUUUGUAUUGUUUUUAUGAGAGUUAAAGUCAAAUAUAGAAUAUCAAAGACACUCAAAUGUAAGCUUAUUAGGAAGAAAAAUACCUCUGAAUGUCGAAUUUAAGUGACUUUGUCAUGUGAUGUAUAGUUUAAAUUUUGAGAUAAAGUAUGGUUUUUCUUAUGUAUUAAUGUAUUUUAAAUUUAUUUCUCUUGAUAUAUAUAUAUAUAUUCUGUAAUCCUUUGAAUUGUCAGAUUAAAAUAUAUUUAUAAGAAUUCAUUUUCUAAAUUGCUUUAAAUAACAGUUAUUAAGAUUAGUAUUUUUGUAAUUAAUAACCAUAUUAUAUGCAAUUGCAUACUGUAGGGCUUUGAUUAUCCAAAGUAAUUAGGACCAGAUCUAUUUGAUAAUAAAAUUAUUCAAAUUUAAGUUAUGUGCUUUUUUAAUUAAUUUUCUUCGAUGAACACUUAUUUAUAGUGUGAUCUAGUACUUAAAUUUAUUUAAUAUGUUACUGUUAUAUGUUUACUAUUUAAUAGAUAUGUUUUUGAAAUGUAUAUAAAAAUAUAAUAAUUAAAACUUUACUUACACUCAUGCUUACAUUGGAAAAAGUACAAUCUCAUUGUGAAUUUUUUACUGAUUUCAUUGAUCUGCAAAGUUGAUUUUAUUGAUUUAUAUACUUUUGUGAGUUUAAUGAGGCUCUUGCAAUUCCUUUCACACAUAGUUCACUAAAUUUUAAUGUAGAUAACAUUAUAUGUUUCUUUUUAGCAGAAAAGGUAGCCAUGGCAUUCACUAAAUUAAUUAUUUCAUUAUAGUAAUAGUAAUAUACAUUUCAUUAUGGUAGUAAUAAGAAAACAAUAAUUAAAACUUUCAGACUUCUUCAUCAAAAUAAAAGCAACCAAUGUUGCCGAUUCACAAAGUGUUUAUUUGUUACUUACAUAAGAAUAUCUAUUCUAUGUAGUCAUGCAGUAUUUAUUUAUUUAUUUUAAUUUUGCUUAUUUAUUAUUGAAUUAUUAUUGAUUAACUUCAACAUAUUAUUAAAAUUUUGAAAAGAAAAAACUAAGUGUGCAUGCAAAAAAAAAAUUCUAUUCACUGAAAUAUCAGAGUAAAAAGAAAUUCAGAUAAUCAAGGUUCUACUCUAUUUUAGCAAUUUAAAAUGCAUUGCAUAUAAAUGUAUAAAAUAUAAUUUUUCUGCCUUAAACUGUAAUAAUUUGUUUUUAAGAUUGUUUAAUGGUAUAUAAUAAUGUGCUACAAUUUUUAUUUCUAAUGAAUUUGGUUAUUUAAUAUCAAUAAUUUUAGUAUUUGAAAUAAUUUUAUAUUUUACCAUGUUUCACAGUAAAUGUGUUUUGGGAACAAAAAUAGUUCAUAAGCUAGUCCAUUUAAAAGUUUACUUAAAUUUUGAAACUUAUGUAAAUGUUUCCUUACAUAUUUCUUAAAUCUUGGGAUUGCCAUUACCAAAUUCCUUUUCUUUUAUAUACUAUGAGCAAAAUUAUGAAUGUUGUUUGGAAGCUAGAUUAUCUAUACUAUAAGUGCAAUAUGAAAACAAAAAGGCAAUCUUCCUAAUAAGUUUAUUCUCAUUUUCAUAUUGUUAUUUUUAAAUGUACUAUUGGAGCUUCCAGCAGAGCAGUUGCGUACUAGAGAUGAGUUCUUGCUCACAUUGAAGAGGCUAGAAUACUAAAUCCAAACCCAUUCGAGAAUGAUAUUUUUUUUUCAUUUGAAAUUUAAUUGGUCAAAUUAAUAAAUUAAAAAUUUUCUAAGAUGUAAAGUUUUAGAAGAUAAAGACAAAAUAUAUUAUAACUCUUUAUUUAUGUGUCGAGAUAAUACUAAUAAGUUGUUUGCACUUAAUAAUUUUUACUUUUUUUAGACUUAAUUAUUGAAUAAAGAAAUUUUUGUAUCAUUAAAUAAAAACAACCUUUAUAAAGCACACAUGACGGUACAGAAAUGGAUGUACUAUAGUUUCGGUUCUAUAAAUAAGAACUUCUCUCAGUGUCUGAACACAAAAUUUUUGGUGUUUAGACACAUUGGUGCUUAGACACUGAGGGUGGUUCUUGUUUACAGAACUGAAACUGGUACAGUAGAAGAUCUUUAUAACACAAACUUCAAAACAUUAGGUUUUGCUUUAUAUAGAGUAUUGUAUUAUAUAGAUUUUGUAUUAUAUCAUGACAUUACAUGUCUAGAACAGAUCAAUAUUUAUGUUUUAAAAUAAUUUUUAAAUUUCAAUGCAUAAAUAUGAACUUAAGUAUUUAUAGAAAAACUUGAAAUAAUAAAGCACAUUUGAAAUAAAAUUUAAUAAGUUCAUAAAUUUUGGUUAGCUUUAAAUGAAGGUUAAUAGGUUUUGUAGAGAAAUGCAUUCUAUAUAUCUUCUACUAUGUCCAUUCCUGUAUCUUUAUUUGUGCUUUAUUUGCGUUUUUAAUGUAAUCUACGUUGCACAAAAUAUACCCUAUCAGAUUUUUGUAUAUUUGUUUAGAUAUAAAGUAAGGUCCAGCUUCUGUUAUAAAAUGAUUGACUUUCCGAUAGUUCAUUUAGACAAGGGAAAGUCAUUGUGCUGUAGAAUUGUCAUUGAUACAAAACUCCCUACCAUUAAAUUCUUUAAAUGAUUGGCUUAAAUGAAUGCUAUGAUUUGGCUUUCAAUAGUCUUCUUACAAUGAAUGGACUAUGUGUGACAUUUUUAUCAUGUGCCAUAGUCUGUAAACUUCAUUUAUCUAUUAAAUUUUGACUUAGCCUGUCUCAUCUCUAUUACACACUAGUUCGCUUUAAACUAAAUGUAAAUACUUUUUUAUAAAAAGUUUCUUUAUUACUAUGUACAGACAUAAAGAUUUAUUGUUUAUUUAUUAAAUUUUAGAAAGGGUAAAACUUAUGACUAUAAGGAAGAAAAGUACUGACAUAACUAUUUGCACUGUAAAAUUUUUGUUGAACAGUAACUUUAGAGGCAAUUUGUAAAUUACUUGAAUACUUAAUUUAAAGUUACAUUUCAAAGUGAAUAAUUACAUAUUUUAUUUUUUAUAUUAAUUCAAUGAAGAGCUGAAAAACGAAAUUUGCGCAUAUGAGAUGGAUAUUGAGUGAGUUCAUAUGUUUCCUUUGAUUUUUUUAAAAUAUUGCCUCUAAAGUUGCUGUUUUGAGUCACUUAAUAAGUUCCAAAUGAAUGUCACAUUGAAGUUGCCAAAGUAAUAUAUUUGAGAAAGAAGAGUAAACUUUUUUUUGUGUGAAAUUGUUUUGAAAUCUGUUAGAAAAUAUGAUACAAUUUCUGUAUUAUCCUAUCUUAUUUAUUUAUGUUUUAUUUUUUAAAUAAGCCGAAUUGAAAUAUUUUUUGUGUGCGAUUAUAAUUUUGAGUAAUAUAUUCUUUUUUGAAUAUUGUGCAUAUGUGAAUGAUAUUUGCUGUUGAUCAUGUUAAGUGAUACAAUUAGGGUCACAAUUUUCAUUUGUGAUUAUAAUUUUGAGUUAUACAUUCUCUUGUGAAUAUUGUAUAAACAUGAAUGGUAUUAGUUGUUGGUCAUGUUAAAUUAUGUAAUUAUUGUCACAAAUUUGUGUCAAAUAUAUUAAAAUGUGAGUCAAUUUUGAUUGAAUGUUGUUAAAAAGAAAGCAACUAUUUUUUGGUUAAUAGGACAAUAAUUAUUUGGCAGAAAUAUAAUACUAUUUCUAAGAACCUCUUUUUUCCCUCAUUUUGUAAUGAAAUAUUUUUGAAAAUUCAUUUUCUUAGAGAAAAUUUUUAUAACAAAAUUUCACGUGCAGUUUUAAUGCGAUUAAAACUUACAUAUAUUUAGAUGUAAUUACUUUUUGAUUUUUGUAACAAGAAAAAAAAUUUGUGUAGAAAUUUUACAUGCGUUUUUCAUUUGAUAUAUUAAGUAAUCAAAUAAUUAUUUUUAAUAAAUUUAAUUUAUUAAUUUUAUGCAAAUUUUUUACAAUGUUUUUCAAGUUACUCAAAUCUAUAACUUUAAGGAGUUGUUUUAAAGAAAAAUAUAUGAGCUCACUCAAUCCAAUUUUCAUUUGCGACGUUUUGAUGCUCUUCAUUGAAUUAUUAGUUUAAAAUCUUUGUUUUCAAAUUCAAACCUUUAUUUCAUUAUUUAAAUUAUUUUCUUAAUUCUAAAAUUUUCUUAAUUCUUCAUUAUUAAAAUCUUUCUUAAUUCGAACUUGUAUUAUUUCCCAUGCAUUCAUUACAAAAUCAGAAAAAAUAUUGAUGAUAAACUAAUAGUUUGUCUAUUUAAGUUAUUACUUUUUUUGUAAUUUGAGAUUAGCACUUGUUAAAUUAAAAACAACAUUUAUUGAAUGAUGUCUACGCUUAAAAAAACAUUCGGUUCCAAUUUUUUUUAAUAAAUUAAUGUUAGGCAGGCUGCACACUGAGGAGAUAAGCUGUGAGAAAGAGGCAUGCAGGUGGUGAUUUCUAUACUUUUGCUUUUGGAUGUGCGAAGGUGAUUUGCACAUGCUAAGGCAAAAGUAUGGGAAUCUGUCUCGCGUAUGUCUCUUAUUUACUGCUUGCCUCCUCAGUGUGUGACCUGCCUUAUUCAAUCUAAGAAUAUUUAUUUUUUUCAACUGCAUUAAAAAUAAUAGUGGGCUUAUGUUUUAAUGCCAGAAAAAUAUUAGUAAAAAUUAACUUUUUCAUAUUAUUGUAAAUUGUUUAAAUUAAAAUGGAAGCAUUUCUACAUUCCUUUUUAAAGCAUCAAAACAAUGCUAGCAAACAUAUAUACUUUCAUAAAGGUGUUUCUUGUAUUUUUUGCAGCUGAUAAUUGAAUCAGUGUUUCUAAUAUGAUUCAUACAGGAUCUUUGCUAUCGACAUUAUAGCACUAUAUGAAUGAGCUAGUUUGAUUACAUGGAGUUAAUGGAGCACGCUUUGAAUCGUUAUCGCGGUUAUAACGAUUAAAACACUUUAAGUGUUAGAAAGUUUAAUCAGUUUUAAUCUAAACAGAAGAGUGGAAAUAUCCUUUUCUUCUCUUUUAUUGAAAUUAUUAGUUAACUUUUCUGUUUCAUUUUGUUUGUUGAAUAAAAUGCUAAAAAAGAAAAAUUUUGUUUGCUAUGGAAACUUUCCUUAUGCUGCAGUUUUUUUUAAAAAAAGUUUAAAUUUUAAAAAAAAAUUGAGUCGCAACCGACCUUGGCAUAAAAUGAUUUAGUUAUCUUAUCUUUGGUUUAGGUUUAAAAGAAUUAAUUUACUACUAUUAAUUGUCACUGUUGCUUUCGAUAUUUCUAAAAUCACAUAUAAAUUAUAUACAAGGUGUUCCGUAAAAACUGCUGUUAAUGUGUAUUUUUAGAAUCUUUAUCAAAAAUGUAAAUAAAAAGUAUGCAUAAGGGGUCGCAAAUCAAUAUUUAACAGAGGAAAAAAUUAUAUCAAAAUCUUAAAAAAUCACAUAACAUGAAAGCGAAUGCUAUGAAUAAGACAGGUUUGAUAGUGAGAGUAAGCAGAGACCAGUUUAAAGAUUAGAAACAUUCAGUUUCACCCUCCAAUUGUAUAUAUUUUGACAUUUAUUACAUUACCCUUUCUCAACCGUAAUUUGUCAGAUUUCGGUAGCAUUCUUGCUUUUUUCUUGAUUAAAUAUUAAUAUUCUAUUUUCUCAUUUUUGAUAAGGUUUCUGAAAAGUACAUAUUAAGGGCUGUUUUUACCAUUACUCUAUAUAUGUAAGGUCUCGACUCCAGAAAAUCUUAUUAAAGUUUUUGGUCCACAUUUAAAAAAAUUAAUAAUUGCUAUUUGUCACUGCUUUUUCAUAAUUUCGUUCAAUGAAGAUAUAUACUUGUAUUUUACACAUAACUGAACUAAAUAUAUAUUUUACAUUGAAUUUUGUUCAAAUUUUCGUCCUUAGUAUACUUGUAUAAAACAAACUUACAUAUAUUUUCUUAAUUUUUUCCUUACAUUAAUUUUUUCCUUACAUUUAUUUUCUCUAAAGUUGAAUUGCUGAAAAAUGUUUACUUAGAGACUUAGUACAUAUACUACAUAACCAUUUAAAGCACUAUUAUAAACUUUUUGCAUUUUCCUUCAAUUUGAACUAGGGAAAUCAUUCAGAUGUGUUUGUUUUUCUUUCUUCUAAUGGUUUAGUAUCCUCAAUGUAGAAAUGCUCUUAUAAAUUGUGUAAAAUAGCUUGUCUACUUAAUACAUAUAUCGAUUUUUUUUAAAAUCAAUUCUCAUUAUAAAUAGAUGAAUGGUACUAGAUUCUUUGAACAUAUGUCCAUAUUCCUGGUUUGAAUGUAGUAUUUAAUUGUACUUUGUAUAAAGGUGUUGACACAUUUUAAUGUACAUUAGGCAACUUAAAUACUUCACUGGUCCUUUUAGCUAAUGUAUAAAUUAUUUUGAUCUGUAUCAUUAUCAAGUUCAUUUAUUCACUAUGAACAAUUUUCAAUUUGGAGGUAUCUUUCCACUAUUACCAAUAUGUAUAUUGAAAAUAAAACCUGUGAAAAUUUG